GAUGCUCAAUCUUGUCGCGCUCACGCACGCGAUGGCUCUCCCUGACAGCGAGGAUCGCCUGAGGCGCGAGCCCGCGCUGGCAGACGUCGGCGAGAGCAGCAGCACCGGCGACGAGGAGAGGCCAGGGCCUGGCGCCGCGCGGAGGGCAGUGCUGCGGCGUACGGGCCACCAGAGGAGGCGCAAGUUCCUGGACGCCGCCCUGGCGACCGCAGCCGGGGGUCUCAGCAGCUUCCUCGAGGAGAGCUCGGUGACGCCCAGGGUGCUGGAACGAUGCCAGGCCGAAGUGGCGGGCUUCACGGACUUCGCAGGAGAGCGGCCGCUGGCGCGCGACGAGCAAGUCGACGGCGUGCUGGUGGAGUACUUCAACUUCCUCUUUUUCAAAGGCUGGGAUGCCAACAAAGGGGAGCAGAUCCUUGCUGGCCUGAUGUGCUUGGCGCCGGAGUUGUCGCGGGCUGUAGCCUGGAGGUUAGUCGAGCGCAACCUCUUGCAGAUGGCGGUCUUCCUCCUGGUCUCGCUCGGCAGUUACCUGAGGCCGAACGAGCCGAUGGGCCUCAAGGCGCGUGGCGUGAUUGCGCCUGCUGCUGGCAUCUCCCCGUUCUGGAGCCUGCUGCUCUUCCCUUCUCAGCAGAUCGAGCGGAGCAAGACCGACCUCAGCGACGUCAGCAUCGAGAUGGACUCGCCCUACUUGCAGUUCAUAGGCCCGAUCCUGAGGGUACUGGCCAGCGGGCCGAAGCACGAGGUGGUUUGGACCUUCACGUAUCCUCAGUGUCUCCAGGAGUUCAAGACCUCGCUGUCCGAGCUCGGCAUCACAGAGACGAUAGUGCCGUAUCAGACGCGGCACUCGGGACCGUCGAUCGACAUCGCGAGGCGGUAUCGGACGGUGGCCGAGGCACAGCGUCGCGGGCAGUGGGCAAGCAUCAAGAGUGUCCGGCGGUGCGAGAAGGGCGCCAGGCUGGGGGGGAGUUGGGAGCUUCUUCCAGUCGGAGUGCGCCAGCUGCUGGAGGCAUGCGAGGGAGCGCUCGAGGACAUACUCUGCGGCAGCCGCUACAUCCUCGACCUCUACUCGGGGACAGGCGGCGUCGCGCGGGCCGCGGUCCAGCAGGGUUGCAACGCUCACGCGCACGAUCGUGCCCGCGGGCUCCACGAGGACUUGACAGCGCCCAGAGUGAUCAAGUGUGUGACG